AAUUCUUGUAUCCCGUAUGUCAUAUUGUAUAGUCAUCAAAAAAACAAAAAGGAAAAAAAAUUAUUUAGUUGCUUCGUUUCUUUCAUUACUUUUGCUUUGCUUCAUAUAUUGGAUUGUCUGAACCUGUAAUCACUUAAAAGCAAAGAGAUUUUGCUUUUUUUGUUAUCUGUACACAUCCAGCAAGGAAAAACAAUCUUACUUUCAUUGGUCAGUCUUUCCUCUUUUCCUUUGUCUUUGAUAUUGCUAAGUUUAAGCAUCAUCCUUGGUUACUAUUAAAAAAAAAAAAAAAAAAAAAAAAAAAAAGGGAAAGUAGAGAAUGGAAAUCUGCUUUUCAGUUCUUGGAAAACUCGCAGAGUACACAGUAGCACCAGUUCUGCGACAGUUUAGCUAUCUGAUUCACUGUGAGAGCAACAUUAAGAAUCUCACCAGCCAGGCUGGGAGGCUGGCCGACAAAAGAGAUGGGAUACAGCUAGCUGUGGUUGUGGCGACCAGAAACUUAGAGACUAUUGCUCCUGAAGUUGAGUCCUGGCUGCAUGAUGUUAACAAUACCAUACAGGACAAGGAGACGUGUUUUGAGGAAGAAACUGUAGCAAAGGCAACAUGCUCUAAUGGAUGGUUUCCAAAUUUGAAGUAUCGUCAUUCCUUGAGUAGGAAAGCUAAGAAGAUGACUGUGAUUGUUGAUAAGCUCCUUGGAGACGGGAGUUUCGCAGUCAUAUCUUACCCACCUCCUCCCCCAGAGAUAUUUCCAUUUCCAAACAAAAAACAUUCCGAGUAUGUUGAUAAGGCUUUGGCCAAGCCCCAUGAAGGGGCAAGCUCCUCAGGAACCUCCAACCCUGCUCCUCCAUCACUUAUGAAACUAUCUGAGAAUUUGGAAUACAGAUUACCUUAUACGAAAGAGGUCAUGAAUGCUUUGCAUAAUGAUGAUAUCAACAUGAUUGGCAUUUGCGGGAUAAUCAAAGGAGGAGAUACGGUGACAGCAAAAGAAUUCAUCCAGAUAGUAAAACACCAAGAUAUAUUUGAGGAGGUUGUGAUGGCAGUUGUGUCCCAUGAUCCAGACUUGAAGCGGAUACAAGUCGAAAUUGGAGAUAUGCUAGGGCUGAAUUUGGAAACUAUGAAUUUGAUUGAAGGAGCAGAGAUGCUUCAUGCUAGAAUGUCUAGCGAUACAGAGAGGUUCCUUGUUGUAUUGGCUGAUGUUUGGAAAAUACUUGAUUUGGAAGCAGUUGGAAUCCCUCAUGGUGAAAGUAACCAAGGAUGCAAGAUCAUAUUUUUGUCAAGACUGCCGAAUGUAUUUAGUGAGUUGAGAACUCAGAGUAAUUUCAAACUGUUAUUGGCAUCUAUAUCCUUUGAAGGACCCAUGGAUUUUGAAUCAAGAAAUUCAGUCCUUACAGAAGUAAUGAAUGCUCUCACCGAUGACCAAAUAAACCCAAUUGUAAUAUGCGGAAUGCCUGGUAUAGGCAAGACAACCUUGGUGAAAGAAGUUGGUAAAAAGGCAAAAGAAGGUGGCCUAUUCGAUGAGGUUGCAAUGGCUGUUAUGACCCAGAAUCCUGACUUGAGUCAUAUUCAACAUGAAAUUGCAGAUUUUCUGGGUUUGAAACUUAUUGAACAGAGUUUAUCUGGAAGAGCAUAUAAGUUACUUGAAAGAUUAUCGGGUGGUAAGAGGGUUCUUGUAAUAUUAGACAAUGUUUGGACACCAGUAGAUUUGGAAGCAUUAGGUAUUCCACUUUGUUGCAAAAUUCUGGUAUCAUCACGAAGCCAAGAUAUAAUAUUCAAGAAGAUGACAACCAAAAAGAACUUUUCUCUUGGUGUUUUGGAAGAAUCAGAAGCAUGGUGUCUGUUUAAGGAGACGGCAGGCGAUUCCAUUGAAUCUCCAGAGCUACAUUCUGUAGCACAUCAGGUUCUGAGCGAGUGUGCUGGUUUGCCAAUUGCAAUUUCUACUGUUGGAAGGGCACUGCAACAUAAAAGCAAGCCAAUGUGGAAUGAUGCGGUUAGACAACUAAGAAAGGCUUGUCCGAAGAACAUUCCAGGAGUGAUACAAGAAGUGUAUGGGAAAAUAAAGUUGAGUUACAAAUGUUUAAGUAGCAAGGAAGCCAAAUCAUGUUUUUUACUGUGUUGCCUAUAUCCAGAAAGUGGUAAUAUACUGGUUGAAGAUUUGGUUAGGUAUGGAGUUGGGCUUGGGUUCUUUAACAGCAUUGAUUCAAUGGAAGAAGGAAGAAACAGUGUAGAAACAUUGAUUGACAUACUCAAGAGGUGUUUUUUGUUGUUAGACAGCAACAAGAAAGGGUGCGUUAGAAUGCAUGAUGUGGUCCGCGAUGUUGCCCUAUUCAUAUUCUCUAAGGGUCGUAAAAAGAGUUUUUUGUUAAGAUGUGAAGUGGAACUGAAGGGUUGGCGUAAGAUUAAUGGUGCUUCCAAGCAGUACAUGUGCAGUACACUGAUAAACAAUCAAACUCAUCAGCUUACUGUGCUUUUAUUAUUGUCAAGCAUGGAUAAAUUGUCUUUGGAACCACCAUCCACUAUAUUUGAAGGAAUGGGAGAUCUUAAGGUUUUAGGCAUGAGGAGCACAGUUGUUUCGCCAAUACUGCCAUCGCUUCCACUUUUAAGAAACCUUCAAACGUUGUCUCUGGAGCAUUGCAAUUUUAACAACGAUCAUGUCAAGAUACUCAACAGUGUCCUCAGAAAGCUACGGACACUGAUGAUACUCAGCUUUCGUGGCUCUUGCAUCAAAGAAUUACCUGAUGAACUUAAAAAUUUGUCGAAGCUAAGGUUGCUAGAUUUGACAGGAUGUAGUGGUCUUGAGAUGAUUUCACCAGGUGUCAUUUCUAGCUUAACCCAACUAGAGGAAUUAUACAUGUGGAAUAGCUUUGACAAAUGGGUGGUCCUAAGAGAUGAACAUGUCUCAGAAGCCCAACUAGUGUCCAUGCAACUGAUGCAAGAGAAUCCACAUCAAAUGCCAGAGGAGCCGGUGAACAUCUUUGAGUCAACUAGUUUUGAGGAACAUAGAAAAGUAAACACUAAUGCAAAACUUUCAGAGCUACUUUCCUUGAGCUGUUUGACUAGUUUAGAAGCUGCUUUUCCACCAACUAAAACUAUGCAAAGCAGUGUGGCAUUUCAUAAGCUUGAAAGAUUUAAAAUCUCUAUAGAAUCCAUGGCCGAUAAGGAAAGAAGAUUGGAUGUAAGCCCUUCUGAGAACUACUUGAGACUUCAUGAUCUUGAUGGAAUAAUGGAUGAGGAAAGAAGAUUGGAUGUAAGCCCUUCUGAGAACUACUUGAGAAUUCAUGAUCUUGAUGGAAACUCUCUUGUGGGAAGUGCAAUCUCUGUGUUACUGAAGAAUACCAACACACUAGAUCUGAAAAUGAAAAAUCUCGAGGAUGCUUUCAAUUUCUUAGAUAGAGACUGUUUUGCAAACUUGAAGUCUCUAACACUGCAAGAUUGUAAGGCUAUGGAAUAUCUCAUUGACAUGACGGAUAUAGUUCCACUUCCACGUAAUGGAGUGCUUCCGGUCUUAGAUUCGCUGAAUAUCCGAAGUGCAGAUAAGAUGAAGGAGAUAUGUCAUGGUCAGCUUCCAAUGAGGUCAUUUGAAAAACUAAUCCAGAUAUCUUUAAGCAAUCUGUCUCAGUUGACACAUGUAUGGAAGAUAGAAGCUCAGUUUGAAUGCCUGGGAAAUCUAAGACGUGUCAUUGUGAAAUCCUGUUCAGCUUUGAAGUUUGUCUUCCUGUUGUCUACUGGUAAUGAUCUUAAGCAACUUGAAGAACUAGAGAUUGCAUCUUGCCCGUCCUUGGAAGAUAUUUUUACCUUGGAAGGAUCAGGACAUCAGAUCAAGUGCCUGAAUUUGAUACGAUUGCGUCUUGAAGAUCUAGGGCUUAAGGUAAGCAAAAACACAUGCAUGAUGAACUUCCCUCAACUAGUCACCUUGGAGCUCGAGUUCCUACCAGAACUCAUCAGUCUCUAUCCGAGUCAUUUGGCUUCAAAACACAGCUCUAAUGCCACUAAUGUUCUAUUUGAUCCCAAGGUUAAACCUUUUCGUGAGCUACGGUAUAUGGUGGUGAGAAGAUGUAACAAUCUACUUGGUGUUUUCUCAUCCAGUGUGGUGCAAAACUUACAGAAUCUUGAACAACUUGAAGUAAGGUCUUGUGACUCACUGGAAACAGUAUUUGAGCUUGAAGGUUUAGAAAUGAAAGAAAAGGAUGGUGUUACUGCAACACUAUUGUCUUGCUUGGAGAGACUGGAGUUGGGUAAUCUACCCAAGUUGGCAUACUUGUGGAAGCCACCUCAAAACAUUCUGGCAUUUCAAAACUUAACAAUGCUCUAUGUUUUGCGGUGCAACAGAUUGGAAUAUGUGUUCCCGCUCUUCAUAGUGGAAGGUCUAGUGAAACUAGUAGCCAUGUAUAUCAGAGAUUGCCCUCAGAUAGUAGACAUCUUUGCAAAAACUGAAGAACAUGGCGAUGAAGAGAAAACAAAUGAAAUUGUUAUUCCUCAGGUAAGAACUCUCCAUCUUGCCGAUUUACGUAGACUCAAAAGAUUUUGUCCUGUUCUAUGCACUGUUGACUGCCCAUCAUUGAAAACGCUGGCGCUCACCAACUGCGGUUACCUGGAGACAUUUGUUCCACCGGUCGUAGCCACAGGAAGUGACCUGAUCUACCUUUUUGGUGAACAGGUUGACUUUCCAGUUUUGGAGACACUAGAACUUCGUUACAUGUGCCACUUCAAAGAGAUAUGGAAGAACAAACUUCCACCCCACUCCUUUUGUGAACUAACAGAUCUAAACGUGUCCAAUUGUACGGAAUUAUUGCAUUUGGUGCCAAUGUUCAUGCAAAACAGGUUGGCGAAACUAGAGAAGUUAAAUGUCAGUGACUGCAGGUCACUAGAAGAGAUUUUUGAAUUGAGAAAUGCAUCUGCCGAUGAAGGGGAAGCUGUAAUCAUUUCACAGCCAGGGGAAACAUCUUCAAUUUCCCAACCUGAACGAAUAAUAAACCAGAUGGAUUACAGACUAACCCGAGGCUUUCCAAAUUUGACAUCAAUAAAGGGUUCUGGUUGUAACAAUUUGAGAAAUCUGCUCUCUCUCUCCAUUGCCAGAGGUCUGGUGAAGCUCAAAAAUCUAUCCAUAGAUCACUGCCAGAAGAUGGAAGAAAUCAUAGCAGCAGAUGGCGAGGAAACAGAGGACACGGUUGUUUUCCCAAUCCUGGAGACACUAGAAAUUCACGACAUGGACAACUUCAAGGAGAUAUUCAGCAAACAAUUUUCACACAAUUCCUUCUGUAAACUAAGAGUACUCAGGGUGUCCUAUUGUAACAAGUUAGAGCGUUUGCUUCCAAUUUAUAUGCAAAAUGGAUUGCAGAAACUGGAGAACUUGACUGUGGAAUAUUGUUCAUUACUAGAAGAGAUUUUUGAAUAUAGUCAGUCGACUGGCAAUGAGCAUGCUGUCGUAGUAUCCCAAUCUGUAGGGAUACAGAGUCAUCCAGGCUUUCAGAGUCUAACUUCUAUAGAAAUCACAGAAUGUGACAGACUGAGAAUUCUGCUCUCACCUCGCAUUGCCAGAGGUCUUAAGAAUCUCAAAACUAUAGAUAUAAGCCUUUGCAAGGAGUUGGAAGAGAUAGUAACAAAGGAGGUUGAAGAAACGGAUAUGAGAAACAUUCUCCCUCAGCUAACUUGUUUGAAACUUGUCCGUCUAUAUAAUCUCAGUAGUUUUUCCCAAGGCAAAUAUGCUUUAGAAUGGCCUUUAAUGGAAUUGAUACUGAUCAGGAUGUGCACCAAGAUGAAAAAAUUCUGUUUUGGCUCCCUCAGCACACCAAGGGAAGUGGAAUUAAGUAUCAGUGAAUACAUUGAUGUGAAUCUUCGGUGGGAGCUCGAAAACAGUAGGAAACAAAGCUGAUCAGAUUUGGAAUACAUUCGUGGGUGUGCAGGAGUGAAUGCAGGGAGAAGUUUGGUACAGAUUGGGAUACAGUUGUGUUGAUUGCCACAUUUUCGGCUGCAGCAGAAACCAUGUAGAGCAGAGACGAUAUACAGUUUUGGUGAAUACAUUUGUUCAGGCCUUGUAACAGCACUCUGGGUAUCUGGAGAAAAAAAAAAACAAAAAAAAGAGUUUUCAGUGAGAUUGAUAGCUUUGUGAGAGGAGUGAUGGUUGCCUAGUGAAAAACAAAAAAAAAAAACAAAAAAAGAGUGUUCAGUGAGAUUGAUAGCUUUGUGAGAGGAGUGAUGGUUGCCUAGUGAAAAACAAAAAACAAAAAACAAAAAAAGAGUGUUCAGUGUGAUUGAUAGCUUUGUGAGAGGAGUGAUGGUUGCCUAGUGAAAAAAAAAAAAAAAAAAAAAAGACAGACUUUGGUAAGAUUGUUACUUUGUCUGAUAAAAAAAAUCAAAAAAGAAACAGAAAGAGUGAUUAGUUGUUUUAAUCUGCUGGAUUGAAAGCCUGUCAGUUUGGGUGAAUUUCAGGAUUCUCUCAAGAAUUUGGGUGAGAGUAGGUAGUUGUGUGAGGAAGAACCAAAAAGUUCUUCAUUAUAGAUUCUUUUGCUUGUUUGUUUCAAUAAUUUAGA